GGCCGGGCCGGGCCGGGCCAUGGGCUCUGUGGGUCGUUCAGGGAGCUAUGUUCCCGCCGGGCUGCGCUGCAGCGGGAGCCGCCAGCAAACGGUGCCCUCCCUGCUGGUCCAGCCCCGCGCGGGCGGUUUGAAACCACGCAGCGCCAGGGGCCGCCUGCGGCUUCCCCGGGUGUCGCCCGGCGUCGGUGCCAGAGUUCCUUGGGUUUGUAGGGCUGGGAGUUUAGAGCUAGAGAAACCACGGCUAAGCGAGGAAUAGGGGAGCAGCGAGAGCUCCGUUAAUUUGGAAAUGACUCGUUAGGGCUUUUUCUGCUUACAAUUUGAGUAUAGAAUCAUAGGAUCAUCGAGUGGUUUGGGUCGGAAGGGACCUUAAAGCCCGUCCAGCCCUCACCCCCCACCUCUCCCGCUGGAUGAGAGUGCUCAGAGACUGAUCCAGCCUGGCCUUGAACACCUCUAGGGAUGGGGCAGCCACCACUUCUCUGCGCAACCUGUGCCAGUGCCUCACCACCCUCGUAGGAAAACAUUUCUUCCCAAGAGCUGAUCUAAAUCUGCCCUCUUUCUGCUUAAAGACGUUUCCCCUUGUCCUAUCCCUGUACUCCAUGGAGGGAGUGAGAGUGGGAUAUGGGAAGAGUUAAAACAGAACAAAGAUUUGUUUGGAUAGAAGAGCAUCACCUCAUGCUACUUCAACAGAUUUCAACUUUUUUUUCUAGGUUUUGAUCUCAGGCAGUUGUUAAACAGAGAAGGACAGAGGUUUAGACUUUGUGUGAGAAAGGUGCUAGGUUGCUAUGUCAGACCAUCACAUGGGAGCAGAGGAACCAACUAACUUCCAUCCUGCAAUUUUUGAGAAGGAUAGAUUUCUGGAGAACAUACAAACGUGUUUAUUGACAGAAACUGAGCUGGGACCAUCUAAAGAGUCUUACAUACACAGUAAUGCAUUUGACAAGCUAAAAGAGUACGUUACUGCAUACAAGAAUAUCCUGACUUCAGUCAAGCAGGAAUAUGAGGCCUUUAUUGCCAGAAUCAAGCAUGGCCAAGGGAAUGCAUUUUUUCAUAAUGGGAGAUUAAAAGCUCUGGAAUCUAAGCCCACAACUCUGUUAUACUACAGGAGAAGAGCAGUGGAGCUUCAAGACAAAAUAAAAGCUGCUCAGAAGAAUUCUGCAAAAAUUAAAAAUGUAAUAUCAGAAAUAUGUAAUGUAAGAAUGGUACCCUCUGAAAUCUUUGGCAUCCCAGGGAAAACGGCACAUCCUCUUAUGCCCAUCCCAGGCCUAAGUCUAGAAGAAUCGCUCAGCUUGGAUUCUCUUUCUAAACAUCUUGCUCAGUUAGACAGACGGGUGCAUGAGCUGAAAAAAGAACGAGGAAAAAAAUAUAUCCCUUGGCAGAAGACUAAGCUAGAACAAGAACUCCAGCACUUACUGGCCUUACGAGAUACAGCUAAAGCAAAAAGGGAGAAGCUGAAGCUCAGAUAUGCUAGAAUUUUGUUAGUUGCAAAUGCUAUUUCUGCCUGGGCAAAACCAGAAAAGAUUGUCACUCUGCAAGGUCUCUUGUCUCGGAUAAUGAAGAAUAAAAAAGAUGAAAGAGCUCUUGAUGUCCCUAGUGAAACGCCUGAAGAUUCACUUGAAUAUUUUUUCCGUGAAUUACUUUCAAGUGGUCAAUUUGAUGCUGCAGCAACUUCUGCAGUAAACUCUCCUAGGAAAUUCCCUGGUGCUCAGCCAAUGACUUCUGUUUCUAUCCCUUUAGCUGUUAGCUGCCUUAAAGGAAGAAAUCUCCCUUUGCUGAAAUAUUUUGAACUGAUAAACUCAAGUGCUGCAGCUGGACACCUUCCAAAUUCAGCCAUAACUCUGGAAAUAAUCAAAUGCCGUUUGUCUGAAAAGGAAUUAAAUCUGGUAACACAUUGGACUCAGAGGCACCUAUUGAACAUGCUUGAGAUUCCUGCUCUGCUGUGGGAAAGACCAAAGCACAGUGAUAAACUGCGCCUGCGAAGUCCCUGGUACACAGGCGAAAACAGCAGGUUAACCUUUUCUGAGGCAGUGGGAGAUGUUAGUUAUGACUAUGGAAUGGAAUCAAGCAACAAGUCAAAAUGCCUGGCUUCGGCUCAGGUCGCCUGCAGUCAGCCUGGUGCACACAGGAAGGUUGCUGUGUGCCUAUGUAAACAUGGCCAACUUCCAUGAGCAAUGCAUCAUACUCAGCAACUGGAGCACUUUUCUUUAGGAUUUCCUGCUACAACAUCUCUCUUGCUGAAAUCUUUCCCAAUACAGAAAGAAACUACUGAUUCAGAUCUGUCUUUCAAAUCCAAGCAAAUCCAAAACAUCUUCAAGAGAAGCCAACUAACCAAGAAUG